UUACUGUAUAUCGUUUCCUUUUCUCUCCUAUACAUCUCGACCAACACACACUCUCUCUCUCUCUCUCUCUUCUAAAACCCAGCAAUGUCAUUGUCUGUGAGACUUCCCCGUCCGACUAGCGUCAAGAACAAAACCCCAGCCCCAAUCCAAAUCACCGCCGAGCAAAUCCUCCGUGAAGCCAGAGAGCAUCAUGAUGCAUCUGAAACCCAACCCCACAAGCGGCAGAAAAUCACCGAUCAAGACGAACUCGACGAUUAUUGUCUCCGCAAACGCAAGCAGUACGAGGACCUAGUCCGCCGCUUCAGAUCCGAUCCAAAAACUUGGAUUAAGUACGCUCAUUGGGAAGGAGAAUCUCAGAAGGAUUUGAGACGAGCUCGCUCAGUCUAUGAGCGAGCACUUGAAGUCGAUUACAGGAACCACUCAACCUGGAUCAAGUACGCUGAGUUCGAGAUCAAGAGCAAGUGCAUCAACCAUGCAAGAAACAUCUUCGACCGCGCUGUUACUCUGCUUCCCAGAGUCAACCAGUUGUGGAUUAAAUACAUACACAUGGAGCGCAUUCUCGGCAAUGUCGCCGGUACCAGGCAGAUUUUCGAAAGGUGGAUGCUUUGGAUGCCGGACAAGGAAGCAUGGCUUUCCUACAUCAAAUUCGAGCUCCGUUUCAAUGAGGUCGAUCGCGCCAGAGCGAUUUUCGAGCGCUUCGUUGGGUGCCACCCUGCUGUUGAAAUUUGGAUACUGUACGCCAAAUUCGAGAUGAAGAAUGGACAGAUUGAUAGGUGUAGGAAUGUGUAUUUGAGGGCCGUCGAUGGAUUAGCUGAUAAUGAUGAAGCAGAUAAGCUAUAUGUCGCUUUCGCCGAAUUCGAAGAGCUUUGCAAGGAACCAGAGCGAGCUAGGUGUAUCUAUAAAUUUGCAAUUGAUCAUGUAGCUAAGUAUAUCUGUAAUUCCAAUAAGGACAGGGCUGAAAAUUUGCAUAGGAAAUUUAUAGCAUUUGAGAAGCAGUGCGGAGAUAAGGAACAGAUUGACAAUGCUAUAGUGGGGUUGAGGCGAUUUGAGUAUGAGCAUCAAGUCUGGGAAAAUCCUCUGGAGUAUAGUAAUUGGUUUGAUUACAUUCUUCUUGAAGAGACAGUGGGUGAUAAAGAGAGAAUUAGGGAAGUUUAUGAGCGAGCUAUUGCUAAUGUUCCUCCUGUUACUAAGAAAAAGUAUUGGAAGCAGUACAUUUACUUGUGGAUCAAGUAUGCACUGUAUGAAGAACUUGAUGCUGAAGACAUGGAGCGGACAAGAGAUGUGUAUAGAGAGUGUCUAAAACUGAUCACCAACAAAAAAUUAUCUUUUACAAAAAUAUGGCUUCUUGCUGCAAAGUUUGAAAUUCGACAGCUGAAUCUCCAAGGUGCACGAAAAAUACUCGGAAACGCAAUUGGAAGAGCUCCUAAGGACAAGAUAUUUGAGAAUUAUAUAGAGAUUGAAUUGCAAUUGGGGAACAUAGACCGCUGUCGAAAAUUAUACGAGAAGUACUUGGAAUGGGCACCAGAGAAUGUGUAUGCAUGGAGCAAGUAUACAGAGUUGGAAAUAUGUGUGUGUGAGACAGAGCGUGCAAGAAGCAUAUUUGAGCUUGCAAUUGCUCAACCAGCUCUUGAUAAGCCAGAAAAUAUGUGGAAGACAUACAUUGACUUUGAAAUAUCACAAGGUGAAUUUGAAAGAGCCAGAGACUUGUAUGAGCGACUGUUAAAACUUACCAAGCAUGUGAAAGUUUGGAUCAGCUAUGCCAAGUUUGAGGCUUCAAUCAAAGAAACAGAUUUGGAAGGUUUGGAAGAGCAAAAGAAACAGUGCGUUUUGCGUUCAAGAAGAGUCUUUGAGAAAGCAAUAGACUAUUACAGCACAUCAGCUUUUCCUGAUUCAAACGAAGAAAGAGCAAUGCUUGAAGAAGAAUGGCUGAAUAUGGAGGUUGGUUUUGGGGAUUUAGGUGAUGCCAGCUUAGUGUCAAAGAAACUGAAGAAAAGGAGGCAAAUGGCAACUGAAGAUGGUGCUGCUGGUUUUGAGGAAUCCAUUGAUUACUCAUUCCCUGAGGAGAAAACACAAAUUACAAAUUUGAAGAUUUUGGAAGCUGCCUACAAAUGGAAGAAGCUGCAAGUGGAAGAAGCGAGAAAUUUGUUCUGAUGAAGAGAAAGUUUCUUCUGGGGAUUAGAUGGGGUAGUACUGUGCAAAAUCAUGGUUGUCAAACUGUGUAUUUGAACUUCUUUUGUAAACAUUUCUACCUAUUAUAUAUAUCUAAAG